AUGAGUCGUUUCGCAAAGGCGGCGCGUUCGUUAUAUGGAAUUUCCCCGGCGUUCGGCGCUACGUGGGCCCCCGGCGGUAUGCGCAGCUGUUCUCGUCCGGCCAGGGCUGCCAACGGCCCCGAUCAGUUCCCUCGCCGGAUCACGCCUGUCGCCCCUAAUAGGCUCGUCGAGGGAGGAGAAAGUAGCCCCACGAGGUUCAACGAAGUUUAUGAAAUGAGAUAUCGCGGUGUCAGCCAGCCCUGCAGCCGGCCGAGGCGGUCGCACGGCUUCGUGAAAGUGUUCCAUUAUAUCCGCUGCGGCAACCCGAUACGACCGCCUCAGUUGCGCCCACACGCCGCCGGCGCGCGCUUACCCGCAACGCUGCCAAUCCCGUCCAGUGAGGCUGCUCGCUCGCCGUAUUCUCUGCAGAUCACGCAAUAUAUGGGUCAAUCUUACGCCGCCGAACAACGCCGGCCUCACGUGUCAUGCGCCGCACUGACAGAUGCCACGCAUGUAUGUAGCUGGAGGGACGGGGGGAGCGGGGGGGUGGCCGGCGCGCGGCCUGAGCCCGAUAUUAUUAGCGCGUACCCAACGCCCCGUAAUUUA